GUGUAUUUUGUGUUAAUACUGUGCCUCUCGCCCGAAGUCAUUUGGGAUAGGCUCCAGCAUACCUCGUGACCCUUAUGAGGAUUAGUUGCAUAGAAUGGAUGAAUGGAUGGAAUAUGCACCAUCAGUGCACACACCCACAUGCUCAUUUGAAAUUGCUAACAUGGCAGGACAUACCCGGAUAAUCCAGGCUGAAAAUAAAUAGUAGUUUGUAAGGUCAGGUUUUGAGAAAAUGCCUCAUUAGCACUGAUAACUAGAUAUGUAAGUAACCUAUGCACCCUUUAUGUUGGCUUUAUGCCGGGAUUGGAACAUACAAUAUAUUGUGGUUACCUUUUCAGGACAAAAUGCAGACAACAGCUGGUGAAUGUCUCUCUAUAUGGACAUACAUUUUUGAAAACUUCACUUGUGUGGAUGUCGUUGGAGUCGGUGUAAAUUUUUUGUGUGUGUCUGUUGUGUCUUGAAAUGUCUACAUUCCGAUAAUCUGCCUGUCAAAAGAUUCACUAUUUUACAUCAACACAAAAACAUCACAGUCUGUGAGAUGUGUAACCUGGAAGAGUUUGCAGCUGUGGAAUGGGCAGAUUACACAUUUUCCAACAUAAUUGGUGUAGUUAAAAUGAAGAUGUUUGACCAUCUUAUGCCUUCUUAAUGUAUUAUUUUGUAAAGACAUUUGUUCAUAUUUCUUUUCACUUGUAGAAAGGUAUUGUAUUACAUUUUGGAGUAAUAGGUAAUUGUUAGUUUAAUGCAUUAUUUUAGCUGCUGUUAUUUUAGCAGCUGUUUAGCUGUAUAAAAUUGCUCUUAUACUGUAGUUAUUACCCCAUAUUGCUACACAUUAAGUUAUUGUAAAACCAGAGAACAAUAAAGAGUGUGGAGUGAUUUUGGUCAAGAACAAAUUUAGCUUUAUUCAAUAUUGAAGUAUUUCUCGCCACCUUAUGUUGUCUAUUUUUGAUAUGAGUUUUCCAACAGAAAUUUAUUUUCAGUCUCCCGUUCAAUGUCAAAACGUAUACAAGUGGUUAUAUGUUCAGUGAGUAGCAUUGAAUAUAUUAUUCACUGCAGUGUUCUAAUCUUGACAUACUGUAAAUGUCACGUGAAACGCCUUCUCCAUUUUUCUCUAAUUUAAUGUGUAAUAUUCUUGUAUUUUAGUAUUCUAUACUAAAAUAAUUAUCUUUAAAAACACACAAAAUUAUUAUUUUUUUGUAAAUACUGCCGGUAUGCUCGUAACCGGAAGCGAGUCGCUGAUUGGCUGUGGGCUUCCCACACGGAAGUGACGUCAAAGCAACGUUGAUGGUAUUGACAGUGGGAGAUUGUCAUCUUCGUCUGUCAACUAGCUUGAGUUUCAGCAAUCAUGGCGGCCUUGUCAGCGCAUUUGACGUGUCUCCUUACCUAUAGGGUCUCUCUUCAGAAAACCACGCGGCUUUGUUGUCACGUCCUCAAAGCUUCCAACCACAGGGCUUGUGUGUGGAAACGGAAUUUUGGCGCGGUGUACGGUGGACUUUGUGAACUGUUAUCACGACAAGCUAGCUCUCAGCUGAGGACCACCUACUCAUCUUCAUCAACUGUGUCCAACAGCUCUUCAGAGAGCUUGUGGUCUCUUUAUAAUGAGACCAAAAAGCACACUGAAGAUGCCAUCCCGUCCAUCACAAGCACCUCUGUCGACCCCAACACCAUCUUCGCCAACAAUGAGAUGAGCCUCAGGGACAUUGAGAUCUAUGGCUUCGACUAUGACUACACUUUGGCUUUCUACUCCAGUCACCUCCACACCCUCAUCUUCAACAUAGCACGGGACAUCCUCAUCACUAAGCACAGGUAUCCAGAAGGCAUAAAGAAUUAUGAGUAUAUCCCCGACUUUGCUGUGAGAGGACUUCACUAUGAUGUCCAGAAAGCACUGCUGAUGAAGAUUGAUGCAUUCCACUACAUCCAGCUGGGAACCGUGUACAGGGGUCUUCAUGCAGUUCCCGACGAGGAAGUCAUUGCCAUGUAUGAAGGCUGCCAUGUCCCCCUUGAAAUUAUGAGUGACUUUUAUGGCAAGAGUUCUCACGGCCACACCAUGAAACAGUUCAUGGACAUCUUCUCCAUGCCUGAGAUGACCCUCUUGUCAUGCGUCAACGACUUCUUCAUGAAGCACAACAUCGACUAUGAGCCGGUGCACCUCUACAAAGAUGUGAAGGAAGCCAUCAGAGAUGUUCACGUCAAGGGUAUCAUGUACCGAGCAGUGGAGGCCGAUAUUGGCAAAUACAUUUGCUACGGUGAGCAGAGCCAAGCUGUUCUGAAGAAGUUGUCGGAGCAUGGGAAGAAGAUGUUCCUCAUCACAAACAGCCCCUUUGACUUUGUGGAUCGAGGAAUGAACUACAUUGUAGGGAGGGACUGGAGGGACCUGUUUGAUGUUGUGAUAGUUCAGGCUGACAAGCCCAGUUUCUUCAAUGACAGGAGAAAGCCUUUCAGGCGUGUGACUGACAAAGAUGCGUUGCUGUGGGAUCGAAUACACAGGUUGGAAAAAGGACAGAUCUACAAACAGGGAAACCUUUAUGAGUUCCUAAGACUGACUGGAUGGAGUGGCUCCAAAGUACUGUACUUUGGUGAUCAUAUCUACAGCGACUUAGCAGAUCUAACCCUGAAGCAUGGCUGGAGGACAGGAGCCAUCAUCCCCGAGCUGAGGAAAGAAAUCAAGAUCAUGAACACAGAGCAGUAUGCGCACAUGAUGAGCUGGAUGCAGGCGUUGACUGGCCUCAUUGAAGAGAUGCAGGUAUACAGAGAUGCUGCCUCUCAGUCUGUGGUGGAGGAGUGGAUACGAGAGCGAGAAGCCAUGAGGCCACACACCAAAGACAUGUUCAAUCCUCAGUUUGGGAGUCUCUUCCGCACCUACCAUAACCCCACGUACUUCUCACGCCGCCUGUCACGCUUUGCCGACAUCUAUAUGGCAUCCAUCAGCUGCCUGCUCAACUACGACUUCCAGCACACUUUUUUCCCCAGACGCACUCCCCUGCAGCACGAGUCUUCCAUCUGUCCCGGACGAGCUCCAUCUGGGCCGGACCGCUCCUCUAGCAGCUAAGAAGUUUCAAGUAAGAAACUUUAAGUACAGGCACAGGUUCCAUGAUGUCCAUGCAAAUGUAGUGCAUGAUCUUGUAGUUACUUUGCAACCAUGUCAUGACAGUGAAUUUAGUGCAUUUAUUGCUUUUAGGUGCAAGACAAUCAAUGAGUGCAUUGUAAAUUGACAGAAUGUAAGAACUGCACUGAUUGUUGUUACUGACUGUUGUGUGUGUGUGUGUGUGUGUGUGUGUGUGUGUGUGUGUGUGCGUGUGCUUAUAAAAGAGGACCUAUUAUGCCUUUUCCACUUAUCUGACCUAUAAAUAUUGUAUUCUUGUGUUAAAUGAUGCCAACGUUUCAGUAAUGAAGACGAUAGGGAUGGCUCUGUAUACUUGGUUUCAGAUAGUUUUUUCUAAAACUGGCUCGCUGUGACGUCACAAGGAGCCAUGCUACCUUAUAUGGACAUGUGCUCUAGGGCAGAUACGCUCUCCCCACAGCUCAGCGUUGUUUAUGGUUGUUGGCUAUGGUUCCCAGUUAAUCUUUCUAUGAGGCAAGUUCAGGCAGAAUCACACAAGACUGUUUUUGUGAGCAUGAACAUGAAAUAUCCUCCAAACUGUUACUGAAGCCAGAAGCAGCACCGGGAAACGUGAGUAAAUGCGGACCUACCUUACCACUCUUUGAGUUCAUACACCAGGGGUGUCAAACUCAUGCCAUGGGGGGCCGAGACACUACAGGUUUUUUUUUUCCAGCCGUUCACCAAAGCAGGUGAUUUUAAUGAUUAUCCUUACUUUGGUUAGAGGGACGGAGGUCAAUUAAAUCACCUGCUGGAGAAACUGGUUGGAAAGAAAACCUGCAGUGCUUAUAGGCCCUCUGUCGACACGUGUGUCGUACUAAGUCAGACAUUUCCAGCAAGUAGCUCAUGAGCUACCAGUUGCUCCUUGCCAUUUUUAAUGUACGUAGCUCUCCAAAAGGUUUUAAAAUGAGAAAGUGGGGAUUGUAAGCAGUCAGGAAGUACAGUACUUAGGAGCACUUGGGAGUGGGACCAAUCACAGCGGAGUGGGUGUGCUCGGAGGCGGAAUAAAUGAAAACAGACCGUUUUGGAAAUCCAAGUAAAUACAGUUGUCAUAGGUGCAGAUUCUGGAAGAUCUAGAAACUUUUCUGUAUGGGUAUGAUGUAGCUGCUCUAGGAGUCCACAACUCAAUACAAAGGGCAUAGAAAUGGGCAAAAUAGGUCCUCUUUUAAGGAAAGCUGUAGUUUCACAGUCUUAACAAUAGGCGGUGCAACACAUCUGGUGUCAACUCAUGCUAGUGUUUUUAUUUUCUGCCGCAAAGGGCAUUCUUUUCUGUUCAUAUGUGACAUUUACAUUACAAAACAGCCUUAAUCAUCAUUGUCAAUAGCGUAAUGAUACGAUAUUUAUUAGUAAGUCAGUGUAAUGUGGUCCAUAUUUUGUAAUUAAACGAUGUACCAUGCUGUGUUACUGACUACAUUUCAUGUAGCUGAAUAACUGAACACCAACACUAUGAUGACUUGCGGAGGCAGCAUAAAUGAGGUUUGUCUUCAUGAAAGUUAACUUUUGCAUAAAGUAUUUUAAUGAUAUGUCAUGUAAACAUGCUGGAAUUCGUUUUA